UUCCAGCAGUCCUGUUAAACACCUCAACAGGGGUGAUUGAAUCUGAAUUCCACAUGUAUGUCCAGCCCCAGGAGCAUCCUAUUCUCUCUGAAUUCUGUACAGAACUAACUGGCAUAGCACAGAAUCAAGUUGACGAAGGGGUGCCUCUAAAUAUUUGCUUAUCACAGUUUUUGAAAUGGAUUCAAAAGAUACAAAAGGAGAAGAAAAUUAUAUUCAGUACAGAUAGUCAAAGUAAUUGUACUUCAGAAGCAAAAGCGUGUGCCUUUGUUACUUGGACAGACUGGGACCUGAGUGUGUGUUUGCACUACGAGUGUAGAAGGAAGCAGCUGCACAAACCUGACAUCCUGAAUUCCUGGAUUGAUCUCAAAGCGACAUACAGGGCCUUCUAUAACAGAAAGCCCAAAGGACUAAAUGGAGCUUUGCAGGAUUUGGGGAUAGCUUUUGAAGGACGGGAACAUUCUGGGUUGGAUGAUUCCCGGAAUACUGCUCGUCUUGCUUGGAGGCUGAUCUGUGAUGGAUGUGUGCUGAAAAUUACUAAGUCUUUGGAUAAGGCACAUCAGAAGAGUAAUUUAAUUUCCAGAACACUGAUUGUAAACGUCACUGACAAGACUCCACUGGGAAGUAAGAGCAGACCUGAAACAUCUAGAGAUGGAACUAGUGAAACAAAAUCUCUGGCUGGGAACAAACACAACAAUAUUGCUGGAAACAAGAUAAAUUCUAAUGCACAGACUGGGGAACAGCAGAUCACUUGCACUGAUCCCUCUGCAGAUGUCCGAGUUGUACCCAGCAGCAGCUCAAGGACUGAAUACCAGGCUCAAUCCCACAGCUCUUCAGCAGCAUCUACUGACAGGUUUCCUGUUCCUCUGGGUCUGGCACAGCCAUGUCCCAGUCCUGCAUCAACAGGCAUCCAGCAGGGAUUGAGAGUUGGGCAGCCUCUGAGAACAGCCAGGCCCAGUCUCCCAGUACAGGGAUCAGGGCUGGUGCUUGUCUCCACCACCAUCCCCUCAGUUACUCUCUCCAGUGGGGACAUCAGCACCAGUUCUGAGUGCUUGUCUCUGCUGACAGACUGGGAAGAUGUUGCUUUGAUACCAGAAUCUCAAUAUGAACAAAAUUCAGACUCUGUUCAGCUCAAGGAUGACUCAAGUACAGAUUGUCUAACAGUAUUUGAAGAAGAAACUAUUUCAAAACAAUUGGCUGUGACAAGUUCAGAUAGUCAGAGUCUGGAGGAAACUGCAGCAUCUACGGAACCUCUGAGGUCUGUUGUUUACAAAAGUCCUGAUACUACAGUCUAUAAUAUAGAGACAGUACAAAGGCAGACUUCAAAAUUUUCAGCUUUUAAAUUACCAUCUGCAAAGGGAAAUGCUGUUUCAGCACAAUCAGCAUUAACUGAAAAUUAUUCUACUCCUUUAAAGGCUCUUAAAAGAAAACCAACUAGUCCAAAGAUAUGCCCACCAGCAAAAAAGCAGUCUUUUGAUAUAUAUGAAGAGAAAACGUCAUCUUUUGAUCACUCUUUACCUUUGAGAAGUUCAAAUUUAGGCAAAAUACCUCCUGUUGUUCUAAACUCCACAGUCAAUUUGAAUGAGUCUGUAAGAGCUGUGAGAAAUGGAAAAUCAACUCCCCCUCUGUGUAACUGCGGCCGAAGAGCCAAAAAACUCUGUGUGUCAAAUGCUGGCCCAAAUCAUGGCAGAGCAUUUUUUUGUUGUCCUGUUGGCAAGCAAGGAGAUGAUAAGAAAAGCUGUGGAUAUUUCAAGUGGGAAGAUGUGCUUCUGAAAGAGAAAUCUAAUGGUCUCACCUUUAAUGCAGAUGCUUUGACCUCUCUUGGAAAUGUUACUAGUAAUACAGAAAAUCCCUCCUACAAAAAGUAUCUGUGUCUUAGACCCUCUAUGAGAACUUGAAAAUGGAUACCAUUUUUUGUCUGAAUCCUAAACUCUCUUAAGUUUCAUGCUUAAUGUAAUAAGAACAGUCAAAUGAUGUCAGAUAUUCUCAGAAUAGGACAAAAAGGACAGUUCUUGGGUAACAUAGAUAGAAAGGAAAGUUGCUCAAACACACAAAAACAUCAUCAGAUCAUAAAGUAUCUCCUUAAUAAAGUGUGCGAGAAUGGGUAAAACUAUUAAUUGCUAAAAUUAGAGUAUGAGCAGCUGUUGCUACAAUUAAUAAAUUUCUGUUCUAUCCUAUAUUUAAAAUACUUUACUAUUUCAGUCCUUGAAGAUUUCAAUGACACACAUCUUAUUUGCACUUUUUUACCAUAUAUUUGUAAUGCCUACAACUUUUCAUGUUUGAAACUUGAAACAUUUUAAAAUAUCUUUAGGAGAUGUCGCAUAUCAAAAGUGAUUCUUGAAGCAAUAGUAUUCUCUUCAACUCUUACAGAGUUUUUUAUCCUUUAAGUAAUAAUAAAGAUAAGAUGCUGACAUUUUGUUAAAUACUUUAUUUAAUACACAUUACUGCUGUGCUCCUGCCUCUCUGAGUUUCCCAUUUUGUGUCAGUGUCUACUUUAGUUUGUAGUAUAGCCCCUGGGACAGACAAAUUAUGGGAAUCAGGUAUUAAUGUAUUCAAACUUAAACUAAGAAGGAUAUAGUGUAAUGUCUUACUUUACAUUACUGUGUAAAUUUUCUAUGUGUUACAUUGUAAAAAGCCUGCAAAAAAGCAGCAAGUACUUAAAUUUUUUUUCUCCAGUUCUGGCGCAAUUUGCUUCCAAUAGUGGUUUUCUUGUAUUGGAUUUGGAGCAACUGCCUUGGUCAGUUUUUUUUUUUUCUUCCACAGAUCAAAACCUGUAACAAUUUUUGCCCUUUUAAUUGUCCAAGAAGCUUCAAAGUUACAGGAGGGAGAGGGGGCUUUUUAGGGACCGGGAUGCAUACAGACACCUUCCUUUAGGAUCUCCGCUACAGGCCACGACUGUUCUGUUAGCACAUGCUCGCUGUUUUUCCAAGCCUCCCUUUACCUGUUCAGCAGAGUUUUUGGUUGAGCUAGUCCCUCUACACCGUGAUGCCUUCGGGAGUCGAAGCAUCUCUCCGUCCGUGGAGCGCACGGUGUCGGACGCGGCGUUGCAGAGCUGCACCGAGGGCUGCUUGCUCCUCUCA